AUGAGCAUGUUCCCGGUUGGCAUUUGGGAGUUCUAUCUUAGAGUCACUGAUAUGCUCGUCUUUGAUCUUAGUUUCACAAUUGACAUGGAGGACAUAAGGAUGAAAUUGGAUGGAGCACUGCAAACUGAAGAUAUCAGCUUUAACUUGACAUCUGAAAGAGCAACAAGGAUAAGUGCCAGUUCAAAUUUUAGAGAUUCACCAGGCAAGAUUGAAUUGUCGUCUCCGGUUCCUCCAGAUGGACUGCCAAGAGCAACUUUCUUCUUUCCCAAUGGUGAAGUUUCAGUUAAGGAGAACGAAUUGGAUGAGGCUGACAGAAUUUUGUCAGUUAAAUGGUAUAGUGAAGUCACCUAUUCUGAAGUUGGUUGCACAGCAUUAUACAGUGACAAUGCAAUGAAUAUAAAAUAUCGCUACAAGGAUGAAGAGAUAUUGUUUAUUCCCAGCAUCUCUUUACCAUCCAAUUCGCUACCCUUCGCAUUCAAGCGCCAAUUAACUCCUUCAGACAAGUUGAGCUAUUGGUACAAUUUUGGCACAAACUACUGGGGUACUGUCUUCAAACACAAGGCUAAUAAGCAUCUCAAGUGGAAAGCUGGUUAUGAGUCAGAUAACAGGCUUGGAUGGGUAUGUCUUUGGGUUGGAGAUGGUAGCUGCAGUACAAAGGAGGUGCCGUUGAAGGCCAAAGUUCGAUUCACGCUUAAAGUUCCCCAGGGCAAUCUACAGAAUUCAGUUGUACUGUUCCAUGUAAAGAAAAGAGGGGAUUUUUAGAUUUUAAAUCCUGUUGUAACACCAUGCGCAUAUAAGCAAACGUGCACAGAUGAGGGAGAACCAAUAAGAAAUUGGAACGCAGUCAAUUUCU